GCUAACCGUUACCUCUCCCCGCUCGUUAGCGCGCUAUCUCAACGCAAACCCCUGAUACACCCAAUUUCCCGACACAACAACAAAUUCGAAAUACGCUGAGAAGCGCACUUUAACCCAAAAUGACACCCACCCAGCGCACAUUAGUAUUCACCCGUGCUUCGCACACCGGCUGCGUCUAUGAUCUUUCUCUUCUCUCUCACCGCGACCUUUCUUAUCCUUCGCACCCUUUCUUUAGGGCUAAGGCUUCUUCUCCUCUCUCCCUAACCUCUUCUUAUUCUUCUUCGCUCUUUCGGAAAAUUAGGGUUUCUUCGUUCGCUGUUAUUUUCAAAUUAGCGCAUGGAUCGCAAAUCCAAACGCAACCACUCGUUCUCCUACUCCACUCUCUUCAACCUCGAGCCUUUGAAGAACUUUAAACUUCCACGUGAAGAUGAUGAUGAUUUUGAUUAUUAUGGGAAUAAUAGUCAGGAAGAUGAGAGCAGAGAUAGCCAAGGUGAAAGGGAAAAUUACUGUAAUGGAAAUGUGCACGCAAGGGAGCAGAAUUCGUCGAGUAAGAGGGUGUGGUCUGAGAACAGUGAUACUGAUGAUGAGAAUAAGGGAAGAUAUUAUGGGACACACAUGACACAGGAACGAUAUCAAUCAAUGCUUGGAGACCAUGUUCAGAAAUACAAAAGGAGGCGUAAGGAUGCCAUGUCUAACACUGAUCAAAAUCAGGUUGUUGUUCCUCUUGUCAAAAGUAACAAUGGCUUAAAAAUUCAAAAGUCAGGGAAUGAUUGUAGGGGAGCAUCACAUGCUGAAGAAAGGGCAUCGGAAUGGCUUCAGGAUCAGAAACAAGGAAACUUCAGUCGUGCAGAUUUCAAGCAGCAAUAUGGCACUGAUAGGAUUAUGUAUGAACCUGCUGUUUUGGACAUUGGGAAUGGUAUCUCUUAUGAGAUUCCUCCAAUUUACGAUAAGUUGGCCCCGAUGCUGAACCUUCCAAACUUCCUGGAUAUCCAUGUCGAUGAAUUUUACUUAAAGAGUACCUUGGAUUUGGGGUCCUUGGCUGCAAUGAGGGCUGCUGAUAAAAGGUUUGGGACUAGAAACCAAGCAGGAAUGGGGGAACCCCUAUCCCAAUAUGAAUCACUUCAGGCAAGAAUAAAGGCCAUGCCAGCUUCUAAUUCACCUCAUAAAUUCAGCUUGAAAGUGUCUGAUGUUGGAUUGAAUUUAUCCAUUCCGGAGGGUGCUGCUGGAACCAUAAAGCGAUCUAUUUUAUCUGAGGGUGGUGUAUUGCAGGUUUAUUAUGUUAAGGUUUUGGAAAAGGGUGACACAUAUGAGAUAAUUGAGCGAAGCCUACCGAAGAAGCAAAAGGUAAGGAAAGAUUCUGCUUUGAUAGAGAAGGAAGAAAUGGAUAGAAUUGGGAAGAUUUGGAUAAACAUUGUAAGAAGAGACAUAGCAAAGCAUCAUAGGAAUUUCACUAAUUUUCAUCGAAAGCAACUCAUUGAUGCCAAGAGGUUCUCAGACUACUGUCAAAGAGAGGUUAAAAUGAAAGUUAGUAGAUCACUCAAAUGGAUUAAGGGUGCUAACAUUCGCACCCGGAAACUAGCUAGAGACAUGUUGCUGCUCUGGAAACGAGUAGAUAAAGAGAUGGCCGAAGUCAGGAAAAGAGAGGAGAAAGAAGCUGCUGAAGCUUUGAGGCGUGAACAAGAGCUUCGAGAAGCUAAGAGGCAGCAGCAAAGGCUUAAUUUUCUCAUACAACAAACUGAGCUGUACAGCCACUUUAUGCAGAACAAGUCAAGUGUACACUCUUCAGAUGCUUUACCCUCGGUAGAUGAAAACACAAAUGAUCAAGAUGUACUGUUUGACUCUUCAGACGCUGGGCAUAAUGAGGAGGAAGAUCCGGAAGAGGCUGAAUUAAAGAAGGAAGCUUUGAAGGCUGCUCAAGAAGCAGUCUCUAAACAGAGAAUGUUGACUAAUGCUUUUGACAGUGCAUGCUUGAGGUUCCGCCAGGUGGAUGAAGCCGAUUCACUUACACGGCAAUUAGCAGGAGGAAGUAACAUUGAUUUGCAAACCCCAUCAACCAUGCCAGUGGUAUCCACAGUUCAGACACCAGAAUUAUUUAAAGGUUGUCUAAAAGAAUAUCAGCUGAAAGGUCUUCAGUGGCUAGUUAAUUGUUAUGAGCAGGGUUUAAAUGGCAUACUUGCUGAUGAGAUGGGACUUGGAAAGACCAUACAGGCUAUGGCAUUUUUAGCCCAUUUGGCUGAGGAGAAAAACAUAUGGGGACCUUUUCUGGUUGUUGCACCUGCUUCUGUAUUGAAUAAUUGGAAUGAGGAACUUGAACGCUUCUGCCCUGAGAUUAAAAGACUUCCAUAUUGGGGAGGACUUUCAGAGCGAGCAGUGCUUAGGAAAAGUAUUAACCCAAAGGAUCUUUAUCGUAGGGAGGCUAAAUUCCACAUUCUUAUCACAAGCUAUCAGCUAUUAGUAACUGAUGAGAAGUAUUUUCGCCGUGUGAAAUGGCAGUACAUGGUUUUAGAUGAAGCCCAGGCAAUCAAAAGUUCAAACAGUAUAAGGUGGAAGACACUUCUCAGCUUUAAUUGUCGGAAUCGCCUACUGCUGACUGGUACACCUGUUCAGAAUAAUAUGGCAGAGUUGUGGGCUCUUCUGCACUUUAUCAUGCCAACUUUAUUUGACAGCCAUGAGCAGUUUAAUGAGUGGUUCUCGAAAGGAAUUGAGAACCAUGCAGAACAUGGGGGUACGUUGAAUGAGCACCAGCUUAAUAGAUUGCAUUCAAUACUAAAACCUUUCAUGCUGCGACGUGUUAAAAAGGAUGUAAUUUCUGAGCUGACUAAUAAAACUGAGGUUAUGGUGCAUUGCAAGUUGAGUUCUCGGCAGCAAGCUUUCUAUCAAGCUAUUAAGAACAAGAUAUCUCUUGCUGGGUUGUUUGAUAGUAAUCGUGGGCAGCUCAAUGACAAGAAAGUUAUGAGUUUAAUGAAUAUCGUUAUUCAACUAAGGAAGGUUUGCAACCAUCCAGAGUUGUUUGAAAGGAACGAAGGGAGCACGUACUUUUACUUUGGAGAAAUUCCAAAUUCCCUUCCACCUCCUCCAUUCGGGGAGUUAGAGAAUAUAUACUAUCCUGGUGGGCAUAACCCGAUAUCAUAUGAGAUACCAAAACUUGUCUAUAAAGAGAUUAUACAAAGUUCGGCUGUUGGUCAUGGUAUCUGCAGGGAAUCUUUUCAGAAAUAUUUUAAUAUUUUUAGACCUGAAAAUGUUCAUCGAUCUAUCUUCUCAGAAGAUAUUAUUGUUAAAAGUGGAAACUUUGGUUUUACCCAUCUGAUGGAUUUGUCUCCCCAAGAGGUGGCAUUUAUGGCCACUGGUUCUUUUAUGGAGCGACUGUUAUUUUCAAUGAUGAGAUGGGAACGGAAGUUCCUUGAUGAAGUUUUAGACUUUCUUAUAGAGACCACAAUCGGUGAUCCUGAAUGUUACCUUGAGAAAGGUAAAGUGAGAGCUGUUUCACGAAUGUUAUUGUUGCCAUCAAGAUAUGAGACCAAGUUUCUUCAGAAAAAGUUUGCAACUGGACCCACCAAUGCUCCUUUUGAGGCCUUGAUGGUCUCACAUCAGGAUAGGCUUUCAUCAAAUGCAAGGCUUCUUCACUCAGCAUACACAUAUAUCCCACCAACUAGAGCUCCCCCAAUUUGUGCUCACUGCUCAGACAGAAACUUCUCCUAUAAAAUGAUUGAAGAAUUACAUGAUCCUUGGGUUAAGAGGUUGUUUGUGGGAUUUGCGCGUACAUCUGAAUGUAAUGGGCCUAGAAAGCCUGAUAAUCCUUCUCAUUUAAUUGAAGAGAUCGAUUCUGAAUUACCCAUUUCACAGCCUGCACUUCAGUUCACGUAUGGUAUUUUUGGCUCUUCACCGCCUGUGCGGAAUUUUGAUCCAGCAAAGUUGCUCACUGACUCUAAGAAGCUUCAAACACUGGAUAUAUUAUUGAAGCGCUUACGAGCAGAAAAUCAUCGUGUUCUCUUAUUUGCUCAGAUGACUAAGAUGCUGAAUAUUUUGGAGGACUAUAUGAACUAUAGAAAAUAUAGAUAUUUUAGACUUGAUGGGUCAUCCACUAUUCAGGAUCGCAGAGACAUGGUUAGAGACUUCCAGCACAGGAGUGAUAUUUUUGUGUUCUUACUGAGUACAAGAGCUGGUGGAUUGGGUAUCAACUUGACAGCUGCUGACACAGUCAUAUUUUACGAGAGUGAUUGGAAUCCAACAUUGGAUCUACAGGCGAUGGAUAGAGCUCAUCGUUUGGGUCAGACAAAAGAUGUUACUGUUUACCGUCUUAUAUGUAAAGAGACAGUUGAAGAGAAGAUUCUUCAUAGAGCAAGUCAGAAAAGUACUGUACAGAACCUUGUCAUGACUGGUGGUUCUGUUGGUGGUGAUCUUUUAGCUCCCGAGGAUGUUGUAUCUUUGCUUCUUGAUGAUGUUCAAUUGCAACAGAAGUUAAAGGAAAUUCCUCUCCAGGUAAAGAGUAAGCAAAAGAAAAAACCUAACAAGGCUAUACGGAUAAAUGAGGAAGGUGAUGCAUCUUUGGAGGAUCUAACAAACUGUCUAGACCAGGGAACUGCAAAUCAUGAUACUUCCAUGGAUCCGGAGGGACCAAAGUCCAGUAAUAAAAAGACAAAAACAGCUUCUGACAAGCAAAAACCGAGCCCAAAGUGUUCUCAGAAGAAGAUGAAAGGCAGUAUGUCUAAUAGAUAACGAAUAAGAUGAUGCCUGUCUAGAUACUGAUUAGUGAUCCAGAAACGUAGACCAAAGAGGUCAAGAGAAGAAUAUAAAUGAAAAGUUUGAAAACUCCACAUUCCAGAGCGGACCCAUUUUCCACCUCCACGUGAUUUCAGUCUGGAGGUUCUAAAGCAGAAACCAUUCAACACGCCUUAAGAUGUGGUGGUGACUUCUCACAAUAGAAUAAUUUACUAAAUACUUGGCCGUAAGUAUUCUAUCAAACUUGUAAAUUGACAUUUAUGGAGAGAUUGCUAGGUUAGCUCUCUUAUUGAUCAUCCAGCUUAUAGUUUUUCUUGUCUUUUUGGAUCCAUUAUUACUGAAAUCAAGGGCAAAGCUAAGGUAAGAAACUGUAUAGGCCCAGGUUGUAUAUGUUGGUUAUGGGUCCAUCCCUCUUCAUUAGGGGGCUUUUGUUUAGAUUGGGUUAUCUUCGAUAAUGCUAAUCGUUAAGGUUCUGUUACCAAUAUUUAUAGUAAUUGAUGAUAUCUGGUGGCGCUA